UUUCUUGCAGCUAACGACACUUUACAUAACGUUAACCGUGAUAUUUCGUUGAAUUAACACCCGUGAGCAUAAUAUGAUGGCUGCCACCAAGAUCGCGAUUAUUUUGGCUUGUGUUGCAUGCUACAACCACUUCUGUUUAGCCAGACGUGGAAAGGAAUCUCAACGACCACUCCCGGUUGCAUUCGACGAAGACGAUGUGAUUCAAAUUGUUAAUACGCAUCCGGAUAAAGCAUGGAAGGCGGAGAAGACACAAUUUUACGGGAAGAAGAAGCAUUUGACGCAACGAUUGGGUACGAAAGAUUUGGAUGACGCGGAGUUUGCCAAACUCCCGAAAGGCACUCCGCGUUCAGUGAAUCGUGCCGCCCUUCCGGCACAGUUUGAUGCGCGGACACGUUGGCCGACGUGCGUAAGCAUCAAGGAAGUGCGCGAUCAGGGCGGCUGCGGGUCAUGCUGGGCACUGUCCGUUGCCGCGGCUCUGUCGGAUCGCAUUUGUAUUAAAUCUCCCCGACAAUGGACUUACGCUCAUAUCUCCUCGCAGGAUUUCAUGACGUGCUGCUCCAAAUGCGGUGGAUGUUAUGGUGGUUAUGUGGAAUAUGCGUACGAAUACUUCACCAAUACAGGCGCCGUAACGGGCGGCGAAUAUACCAACAACACGGCGGAGCAAACAGGUUGCCGCCCCUACAGCAUUCCACUGCAGUGGGACUACACCAUCACUCCACCCUGCACAAAAUCAUGUCAAAGCAGUUACUACCGAAACUAUCAACAGGAUACGUAUCAAGGAACCAGCUGGUAUACCGUCAGUAAAGUGGACGCUUACGGAACUGUUUCGGAUGAUACCGAGACGAACAUCAAAACUGAGAUCAUGACCAACGGACCGGUCAGUUGCUCCAUGAAGGUCUAUGAAGAUUUCGGUACAUAUAAAUCAGGGGUGUAUCAACAUUUGACUGGCGCCUAUCUGGGCAGUCACGCGGUGAAAUGUCUGGGCUGGGGCGUGGACGCCGCCACCAACGUCCCCUAUUGGCUGGCAGCCAAUUCCUGGGGACCAGGGUGGGGUGAAGGCGGUUUCUUCCGCAUCCGCCGCGGCACCAACGAGUGCAAUAUUGAAGGCCGAGUCAAUGCGGGCUUCCCUAAACAAUAUGGAUGAAAGAUAUGCGAUCUUCUUUUUUACUAUAUCGGUAUAUAUCUAGUGAAUCGGGUUUAUAUGACUUUGGAUGAAGUGGAAUAAACUGUCAAGUCAAUGAUUGGUCUAGAUUGCUGACGCGGCAGACGCUGUGGAUAAACGGGUGGCUCAUUAAAGUGCUCUCUCGGUUGGGUCUCUCUGUUUAUUCAUAUAACAAC